ACCGACGAAGUGGCAAAGAGCUACUACAGCAGACUGAGGUCAGCAAGUGAGUUCGGUUCCGACCCAGAAAUGCUUCGCAUGCAGCUCCUCCCCGCUCGCCUCAUAAAACCCAGAGCCAUCCCCUCUCGUCCUGCAUCCUCCGCACUCCUCUCCUCUUCCUCGCCCGCCGCCGGCGCUACCACCACCUUAGAAGAUGUCGCCGCCAACCGUAAAGGUUUGGCGAAAGUUGUCUUAAAGAAAGGGAAGACACAAGUCUUUAAGAAUGGAAAUCCCAUGGUUUACAGCGGUGCAGUUGACAGAAUCAUCGGUAGGCCUCCUCCUAAGACAGGCGAUGCUGUCCUGGUAGCAGAUGGAUCAGAGAGGGCAAUAGGGUGGGGUAUGUACAAUUCGGUGUCAAUGUUCUGUGUCAGACUAAUGCAAUUAGAAGAAGAGGCGGCAAGGGAUCCAAGCUAUGCACUGAACAUGGAGAAGCUGCUUGAAGCAAGACUUGAUGCUGCUGUAGAUUUACGUCAGAGCAUGGGACUUCCUUCGGAUGACACAAAUGUAUAUCGUCUAGUGAACAGUGAGGGGGAUAGGUUGUCAGGUUUAAUUGUGGACGUUUUUGGCGAUGUUGCAGUAAUAGCCUCAUCUGCUGCAUGGAUCGAGAAAUAUAAACAGGAAAUUGAGUUCCUUGUUGGCAGAGUCAGAAAUGUAAACCAUAUAAAGUGGAGACCUUCAAUUGAUAUUCUGAAAGAAGAAGGACUUGAAAUAUCAGAUCAAGGAGACCCUGGCUCUUCUUCAUGCCCUGGAAGAGUAAAGGUCAUGGAGAAUGGCAUAUGUUACUUAAUCUCACUAGAGGGACAGAAAACAGGGUUCUAUGCAGAUCAGCGUGAAAGUCGUCGACUGAUUUCAUCUAUUUCAAGAGAUCGGAGAGUCCUUGAUGUUUGCUGUUAUAGUGGUGGUUUCGCAUUGAAUGCAUCAUUUGGUGGUGCAAAGGAUGUCAUUGGAAUUGAUUCAUCAUCACCUGCCUUGGAACUUGCAAAAGAGAACAUCCAACUCAACAAAUUGGAUCCAGGAAGGAUCUCAUUUUUAAGAGAAGAUGCAACAGAGUUCAUGAAAGGUGCUGCUGCCAGAAAUGAAUCAUGGGAUGUGGUAAUUUUGGACCCUCCAAAAUUAGCACCUCGAAGAAAGGUGCUACAAAGUGCAUCUGGCAUGUACAGAAAUUUGAACUCAUUGGCCAUGCAAAUCACAAAGAGAGGUGGUCUACUAAUGACAUGUUCAUGUUCUGGAGCUAUGACACAGAGUGGGUUGUUCCUGCGUGUUCUUCAGGGUGCUGCAUCGAUGGCAGGGAGAAGAAUCACAGUCUUGCGUCAAGCUGGCGUCGCAUGCGACCAUCCGAUCGACCCCUCCUACCCGGAGGGUGCCUACCUCACCAACUUCUUGCUCCGCGUCCUCUGAGAAGACGGCAGAACGUCGAUACGACGGUGACCGGUGACAGUUCUUUGCAGAUGAGUUCUUCCUGCAUCAACUUCUCCACCAUGGUAGACGGGGCACAUCGUACAUCUUGCAUUACACAGGUGCCAUGCCAUCACCAUUUGCAGCACAACAAGAUCAUUUACGGAGUGAAGGAAAAACUAGUCAGAUACUGUGGAUUUCACUGUAACUCUUCUGAUCAUUAUAUUAAUCAUCAUCAUCCUUAUUUGUUUGCUGUA